CCUCUUUUCCUGGCUUUUAUUCAAAUUUGGGUCAGGGGUGAGGAUUCUUCACGUCACAAGCUUGCAAGAUGGCGCUCCCAGAGCUGUGAGAUGAGAAAACAGGAUGGCUGUGUGAAGAGCUUCGGUCGAUUUAUCGAGGUUUCUAGGUGCAGAAGAAAAGCUGGAAAUGGAACUGCCAAAUCAUGCCAAACAAUUGCUGCUGCAGCUGAACCAACAAAGAGCCAAAGGUUAUCUGUGUGAUGUGAUUAUAGUUGUAGAAAAUGCCCUCUUCCGGGCACACAAGAACAUUCUGGCAGCCAGUAGUAUCUACUUUAAGUCCCUCAUCCUUCAUGACAACUUAAUUAACCUCGACACAGAUAUGGUCAACCCGUCGAUUUUUCGGCAGGUACUGGACUUUAUUUACACUGGCAAGCUUUUGUCCUCGGAUCAGGUCAGUGACCACAAUUUUAAUGCCCUCCUAACGGCAGCAAGCUACCUCCAACUCCAUGACCUAGCUGCUCUCUGCAGAAAAAAGCUCAAACGCAAUGGCAGAUCCCUCCACAACAAACCCACAACUCCUACCAAUGGAAGAACUUCUAGGAACCAAAGGUUGUCGUCCACACCUGUCACCCCAAACCAAAUUUCAGGGUUUAAAGACAGUGAAAAAACAAAGAGACACGAGGAGCUACUCAAAGAUGAGUUAUCCGAGGAUGAGGUUUUUGUCAGGAAUGUUCAGUGUGCAAACCCAGCCAACUCUCUUAGUCCCUCUACUAGUAAGAAUGGGAGCAAUGGCCCCAUUACCAGCAGCGGUGGCCUCUUGGAACUUGGCUUGGACCUCUCUAAGAAAAGCCCAUCAGGAAGCACAGUCACUGAAGAAGUAAGUCCAAGUAGUAUCCCACAAGAAUCACCUCAGUCUGCCUCAGAAUCCACAGCCAACAGUGCCUCGUUCGAUGAUCUCCCCACCAACCCUCAGAGCCUCACCACUGGAGAGCCUAUGGACAUAGGUGAAGCAGAGGAAUGUGAUGAGAACCAGCAUUUUCCAGACCCUGACCAACAAAAAAGCACCCGCCAGAUAUCGCGCCCCAGACGACAAGCCAAGGGUGAGAGUCACAAAGGUGAAGAAAUGGAAAGGUCCACUUUGCCCAAUGGAGUUGCCAAGAGGCUAAACGUGGCUGGAGAAAGGCUUUCGGGUGGAGGGAACUCCGAUCUGUCCUACCAGUGUAAGGAUGAGGAAGAAGGACUGGAGAAUGGCCAGGAGCAGAGCGAAGAGAGUGGCCAGAGUGAGAAUGAAGGUGGACGCAACAGUGCCAACUACGUGUAUCGGCAGGAAGGCUUUGAACCUGCUCUUGGUGACAACCUUUAUGUCUGUAUUCCCUGCGGUAAAGGUUUCCCAAGCUCGGAGGAACUAAACGCCCAUGUGGAGACUCAUACGGAGGAAGAGCUUUACAUCAAAGAGGAGGAGGACGAUGCCUAUCCAAAGGAAGACGAGGCUGAAGCCGAGGACUUGUCAUCACAGACGGUCCAAGUGCAUGGCGUAGAUUCACGACGCUUUUGCUGUACAGUGUGCAAUAAAAGCUACAAAGAUCCAGCCACGCUGCGGCAGCACGAGAAGACACACUGGCUUACGCGGCCUUUUCCCUGCAACAUCUGCGGCAAGAUGUUCACGCAGCGCGGCACCAUGACGCGGCACAUGCGCAGCCACCUUGGUCUGAAGCCCUUUGCCUGUGAGGAGUGCGGCAUGCGGUUCACUCGCCAAUACCGACUCACAGAGCACAUGCGGGUACACUCUGGGGAAAAGCCCUAUGAAUGUCAGCUUUGCGGGGGCAAGUUCACCCAACAGCGUAACCUCAUCAGCCACCUUCGAAUGCAUACCUCCCCAUCAUAAGCCAAAGACACUUUGAAUGGAAUACCUUGAGCGCAAAAAGAUUUCGGUACACUGCACACCUGUAUUCUGUGAAGAUGACGGCUAUGAGUGGGCGAUCCGAUGGAGGAUUCACUCUUGGCUUGAGUGACAGGAGUGAAAGUUCAAAAUAUUAAAGACCCACCAGUCGAAAGACGAACAUUUUUCAAAAAUUGGUAUGAUUCUGUGGCAUCUUUUUUUCUCAAUGCUGCAAAUGUAUGCCUCGGGCACUGAUGCUGUUUUCAAAAUUCCUUGGGCUCUCCAGAUCACUUCAGACCAGCCUAUGCAUUGGUUUCAUUAUUUGCGUCUCUAGCUGUUGUCCCUAAGUAUACAAUUCCACUUGCUUGGGUCCUUUAAUGCAAGGGUGGGAGCUGGACCACAGAACGUGUAAAACACUAAUUAACUAAUAGUUGCUAAACUUAUUUUUUUCAGUUCAAAAUGGUAGAUUGAAAUAUAUGAUUGAGAGCCUUUAGAAAUGUUUAUGGUGUUCCUUUGUGCAUCUGACCAAACACGUUCACAAGCUUUAGUCUGUACCAUAUGCCCACUGCCUAUUUCUAUACCAUAGCACAUACAUUUGUCAAUUUGUUAAUUCAGCUUGGAUUGUAAUUGCUACAUGAAACAAACUGACAUGAUGGAGCUUCUUUUUGCUAACCCUCAUGGUGACCUGUUAGAUGGUUAACCAUUUCAUUUGUGGCGAAAAGUGGCCUGAAAUAAUGGGCAGAGUUGGAUGUACGCAGUACUCCUUCUGUGCCUUGGCAUGGGCAAAUGGGGGUAUAGAAAAGAGCGGUUAAACUCUAAUGUUUACUCAUAUAAUAUAUAGGGGUUUACUCUCGAGAGAAAAAGCCAAAAGUAAUGGUACUUGUUUUAGAUAACUUAUUGUUAUUCAGUGAAUGUUCAAACUGGAAGUUCUUUUGAUAUUUCUUUGGGGUGAGGUGAUUUGGGUGAUGGGUAGGGUUUGUGUUUUAUUGAGUUUUGAAUGUUCAUUCUGUCGGUACUGUUGUUCAGUUUUGGUUGUUGAGGUUUUUCCUUCUCUAAAAACCUAUUUUAUAGUCUUGUCACAUUACUACCUCUUAAUUCUUAAGAACAGUACAUUCAUUGAUGAAAGAAGAGGGGUGUAGAUGUAGUUUACCCCUUACAAGGUAUAAAGUUUAAGGUUUUCAGAAUGGUCCUAACCUGCCCAUCUCUCAACAAAGGCUUAAUGUUUUUGUUGUUUCUGUUUUUAACAUAUUUAACAUAGUUAAACUAGACCUUAGCUUGUUGGAUGCAUGUAUUUAAGUUUUAUGUUAAAGAAAUCCAAAGAGAAAACUAGUACUGGGGAAAAUAAUGGCUUAUGAACAAACCUUUUUCUGUAGAAUGUCACUACCAAAGUUUUUAGAUUAAAUACAGAAAAUAACAUUUCAGGAGAAAUAAUAUUAUAAAGGUUUUUUUUUUAGUUCUCAGUAAAGAGGAAUGAUGUGGGAAUGUUAGUUUAUACUGGACAUUGUACUAAAAACCAAUGAACAACUUUUGUAAAACUUCUGCUGAUUAGUGGGCUGGCAGUUUUUUUCAAUUUUGAAGUUUACAUUAGUCUGGAUUUGGUUUGUCGUUAAUUUUGUCUGCAGACGAACUUUAUUGAAGGACUUUAGAAGGACUAAUUUAUUUUAGUUCAAACCAAAAAAGAAAGAAGAAAGACAACAGGAGUAGAAUCGGGAUGUUUGUGUUACAUGACCACCAUUUUGGAGAAGUUCAUUCAAUGAGGAAUCAAUACACUGGAUUGCCUCUACAGUCAACAGAAAUGCUAUUGGGUUUAUUUUAUUUUUGUGGCUUACGCCGGAACUGACGUCAUGUUAGUCUGUUGCUAAGUAUUGAAGAAAUCCUUUGCAUAAUUCAGAGAAUGACGACUUAUUCCAUAACCUUAGUUGUCGUCUUUGGUUACUGACUUGAGGGGGUCACUGUUACAUUAUCAGUUCAGACACUGGUAGGAGUAAUCCUAUUUUACUGCUGAACUUUUUAAUGCCCUCUAUUUUACACUUUUUUUAAAAAAUUUUAUUUUACAGCCAGUUCCAGUGUAUUACAUUCCAUGUGUCACUUUUACCCUUCUUUUACCCAUCUCAAUGCAAAUUCUACUGGCAUUCCUUUUUUAAAAAAAAAAUAAUAAUUUUUUUGGUUCUUAAUCCAAAGCCCAGUGCAAGUGCUUACUAAUGAUCAUGAGGUGCAGCUAUUGUCAUAUACUCUAAUGUACACUGACUUCCUUUUUCCUGGAAUCUGGGAUCAAUCUUUCCAGAGACUCCAAACAUAUCAAAGUUCUUAUUCUGUAGAAACUUCCAGUUUUUUUUAAAGCAGUUAAUGGGCAUUAAUAAGUUCACAGGCUGCCUGUAGCUGUGUCCCAUUUGCUCCAACACUUGGUCCAAAAUACAAAUAAUAUUGAAUGGAUUAUUGGUUAUCAAUGUUAAAGUUGGGUUUCAUUAAACAAAAUUUAGUCCUACUGAUUGGGUAGAACAUGUUUGGAAGCACACUCUGGUGUUGAAGUACGUGUAUCAGCUCAGGGAGACUUUAACGUGUCCUUGUCACUUCCACAGCGGAUUCCAGGAAAAAGCUGCAAUUUGAUCUCUUGUGUACGUAUCAGCACUUAAGCAGUACAUCAGUGUCAUUGAAGAGAUGUGAUGCAUGGCCGAAGUAUUCCGAGCUGUUGCCCAAAAGAGCACGAGAAAAGACGGCAAAAAGUUUCAAACUGUGACAAUAAUGUUUCUACUUCAGACUUCAGGGAUAGUUCUACAUAUUUUGGAAGUGUGGAACUUUCGAAACUACAUUUGUAAGACUGUGUCAAUACUAUUGUCAAUUUCUGUAUUUUAAUGAUGAAAAACACUAGUUUCCUACAAAAUAGAUUUUAAAGAGCGUUCCCAUUUCAAACGAUGCUUUCGGUAAAAAAAAAAAGAAGAAAAAAAAUAUGGAAAGAAAAGAAAAAGGAAAAAAAAAAAAGCCAGAGAUGUACAUGAAAGUUUUACUUUUAAGUUUCAGAGUGUUUUAGAACUUAAAAAAAUUAUUAAGCAUAAAGUGUAUAAACAAAUAAGAUAAAGCUCAUACCCAAAAUUUCAGACUUUUUCUAAACCAAAGCACAUACCGAAUGAUUGACAGCUUGUCUGAUGUAAUGAUUCUUGUGUAUAUCUCGCUGUUUACAUAAACAUUUACAGUCUCCGACCUCAGGAGAGGAGAGGCCAGUUUGAGCAUGCUUCUUUGUAGAUGUCUUAAAAAUGAAAGAAAAAAAAGUGUGAAAAUGUCUACCACAGCCCAACCCAAACAACCCCCCCCCCCAACACCACCACCCUCUGUGUGUGUGUGCAAGCUUAAUGUAUUAUUGCAUCCGGUUAUUUCUGUUAUUCUGUAUUCUGCUGCUUUCAAAUGUCUACAUGAGUGUGAAUAGAAGCUACAAAACAUGACUUACCUCAGACCAUGUAGGAUUUUUGUGGGUUUGUUAGAAAGAGGGAUGUCAUUAUUUGUUUAAUCUGCUGUUAAUUCAAAUUAUUAGGUGUUUUUUUGUUUGUUUGUUUUUGUUUUCUUUUUUUAAUCUGAGCCAUUUGCUGAACCCAUAAAAGAAGCAGUUUCUAUGCGACUGGCCUCUCCUCUGAACCACAUUGGUGCAAACACUUAUUGACAGUGUUCAAUAGAUAUCUUUUUUUUUUUUAUAUAUCAAAGAUCUAUUGUCAAGUGAUGAAUGUAUUUAUUUUUUGAUCCUGUUUUCACAUUUGUUAAAGAUUUCACUUUGUGUGAGAUGAGGUGUUUUCAGGGUCUUACUUUUUAUUGCUUAAAAUGACGACAAAACAAAUCCCACACGGCUGUAGGCGUGAGGAAUGUAUGUGGUCCCAUGAAGUGUUCCUGUUCAAGGCUGGAUUGGCUCCAUCCUGUUCCUUCUCUCACUCAAAGCAUGCAUGUUCUCUGGAUCAUGUGUUCUUUUUAUUCUUGUACUAAAGACUUGAAGGCUGUGUUGUUUUUUUGUUUGUUUUUUUUUAAAAAGCAUUUUCCCUAUCUGUUUGCUUCUGUCUGUUGAUACACUAUGGGACUUUUAUUAAUUGGACAAGCACUCUUGUCGUGUUUGUAUUCUUUAUUGAAAGCAGUGGUGUUGUCACGCUAUCAUGGUUCAAGGCUCCUAGUGGAUUCCGUUUCCUUUAUUUCUUUGGAGGUUGUCAAGGGGGGUGUCCUAUUUACAUAUGACCAACAAAGCCAAAGCUUUUAGAAGAAUGAACUCUUCUCUUUUCUGCUCACCUUCACCUCACAAAAUCCAUCAGGAAAAAAAAAAGCAGCAAGUGGCAUGCAGACACCUUGAUGUCGUAGCGGUUCGAGGCGGAAUAUAAGCUUUAUGAAAUGCACUUUGCGAUUUGACGGCAAGGUCCUGUAUCCCCUAAGAACCAAGAGAACUUUGCUCAGUUAUCUUAACGAUCGCGCGAUCAGCAUUUGGAGACUGAAAAAUAUUGAUCUUUGAUUUGCUGCUAUGAUUUGUAGCCUGUUGCAGCAGUGCUAUGUAUUUCCUGUGUAGUAUUGUCAAGUGUCACACUAAAUGUUACCCAACCACUCGGACCUCGGUAUACCAAACCAACUCCCAAGUAAACCAAAGCCAGCUUUACAAGCCUCUGUGUUUUCCAUAUAAUUUUUUUUUUUUUUUGCUUGAGGCCAUAUUGCACCUAAUACUGUGUUCCUGCUGCCUAGAUGUCUAUUCAGUCCACUGUCUUUUACGCGGUCUCUGCCCAUUCCACUGUCUCUUCUCUUCUCUAUCGACAUCAUAUGGAUGUAUCUCUGUCUCUUUUUUAAAGGAUUUGUUUACCUCAGAAGGGUUGCAAAUAUUUGUUCAAUUACUGUCUCUAUUAGCGAUUUUUAGCCUUGAACAUGGCCUGCGGACAACACCACAGUUUCACGUUUCAGUUCCUCAGAGAUCUUUGUAUUCAGGGCCGAGCUACAUGAAGCUUGCAGCUCGAAUUGUGUUAUGCGAACACAAUACUAUGUACAGAGGUGAUCUAAUCUCCCGACGGUCUUAAUGUACAGCUAUGAGAAGUCAUUUUAGAAUCAUUAAAAUCUCGAUUGAAAUACUCAA